AUUCCAUCUAAUUUUCCUUUCCCCCACACCUCCGUCGCCCAAGCCAAAGCCGUCUCGUCUCCACGUCCCACGCGCUCCCCCUCGCUGUCGCCCUCACCUCACGCCGCCGCCGCCACCGCCGCCGCCGCGCCCUCGGAGGUCUAGGUGACGGACGCCUCCACGCGCGCGUUCGUCGUCGCGGCUUUGCCCGCGGCCAUGGUGAUAUCGGCGGAGCCACCGCCGCCUCCUCCUCCGGAUCCCGUCGCGGAUGGCGCGGCGGUGGAGGCCGCGUCGAGCGCUCGCCACCAGGCCGCGGUCCUCUCGUCGUUCCCGUCGCUCAAGACGUGGGGGAGCCACCGCGUCCUGCGGUGCGGCCACGUCAGCCGCGCCGGCGACGCCAUCGCGGCCGCCGCCAGGCGUUCCCCCGAGCAUCUCGACGGGGUCAGGGAGCGGCUCCUGCUCCGUCUCCGCGAGGUGGAUGGGAGCGGCGACGUGGCUGCCGACGCGGCGGCGGUAGCCCCGGCACCUGCAUCGGAGGUUGCCGCUGCCUCGCGCCCGUGGAAGCUGCGCAGUCGACGUCGCCCGGCGGUCACGCCGGCGUCCAGCGUGUCUCCGCCGCCCGAGAGGAGGGCCGCGAGGGCCCGCGCGGACGCCCUCGACCGGCCGCGGUUCUCGGUGACUCUGACGAGCGAGGAGAUCGAGGAGGACGUCUACGCGGUCACCGGCGCGCGGCCUCGCCGCCGGCCUCGGCGGCGACCUCGCCCCGUGCAGAAGCAACUCGAUCUGCUAUUUCCCGGUGCAUGGCUGUCGGAGAUCACCGUCGAGUCCUACCGGGUGCCCGACGAUCGGUGAGCUCAUCCCUGAUUCCGACGACCACAGCGACAACUCGCAGGCUAGAAAACCCAAAAGGCCAAUCCAUCGAGCACCGCAACAAUCUCCUAUUAUUAAUCAAUCAUUAACUCAUGUUGAUUUCUCCCUUGUUCUGGUAUUGUUCUUGCGAGAUAGCAGUAGUAAAUCGAUUGGUUGAUUGAACAGUGUGGGAGUAGCAGUAAUACUUAUUAGUGGUAACUAAUUAAGGUUUAAGUGAUUACUAGUAGUUAGUAGGUGUUCUUGUUAGCAAAAGGGCCUAAUGAAGUAGUAGCAGUGGUGGUAUUGUCCUCGAUAAUAGUACAUUUGUUAUUAACAUCUCAAUAGCAAUGGUAAUGCUACCUUUCGUUCCUUC